UUCCCUCCCACAGUGUGUCACUGGAGAAAAAUGGCGAUGAACAUUUUACGGGUCUCCCUACGACCCAACAUCAGGAAUGCUGCGUUGUUGGGUCGUAACAAUACAUCGAAAACAUCAUAUCUAAACAGGACGACGCAAACUAGAAAUGCGGUUUCUUCGUCGUCAGGAGCAAUCCUACCGAAACCUGAUAAAACACCCUUUGGUCUCAUCCGCAUGACUGCAGUGGUUGUGCCAUUCCUAUAUGUGGGAACUCUGAUCAGCAAGAACUUUGCCGCUCUCUUGGAGGAGCACGAUAUCUUCGUCCCUGAGGAUGACGACGACGAUGACUGAACUGACUUCUGUGACAUUGUGUACAACCUUGUGGUGGUUUGUUUAAUCAGAUAUCUUGCAGCAAGAGGAAGAUGAGGCACUUGUCCUUCCAGAUACAUCCACCUACCUCUGCCCAUCUCCUUCCUCUGUCUUCUAUUUAUCUGUGUGUCAACUAAACAUUUCAAAUAUCAUAUCAUGUGAGGCUUUCAUCAUUAAAAGCAUUCACUCUUGUUUGCAUGUGUACAUCUUGUGAAGUCAAUAAAGUGACGCAAUAUCUUAUGAGAACAUGGUUGUCUU